CUCGAGAGCUAUAAAAUGCCACGCUUUUCAGUCGACACUCCACUGGAAUCUCUCCCUCUCGUCCAGCACGCGUCCGACUUUCGCAAAUCAGCAGCGAUGGCGUUUUCUACUUCAGCAGUUUCCUUGCUUUUGGUGGUGACGGUUUGCUGUUUCCAAGGCUGUUUCAUCGUGAAUGCAGCCGAAGAGAGACCAUUCCUUCCUUCUGUUGACAAUCGCCAAUCCAAGCAAAUGUUCUAUAUGCCUUCAUCGCUGUUUAAUUAUUACAAUCCUUAUGGAGCUCAGAUUAUGGUGCCAACAGCAGGUCGAAUUCAACCCGAGUUUUUGUCAUCAGGCGGCACCGAAUUAGCGCCAAUGGAAAAAAUAUUUAAUCAAAGUGAGGACAUUUCUUUGACCCCAGCAGCUACAGCGUGCACCGGUACGGCCGGCUACACCGGUUGUACAGUGUCAUCCAGUGCGGCGUCAGGAACUAUUACUGUUACGUUUGCUGCAACUGGACAAGGUGCUACUGUGGCCAUCUCGCCGAAAAACCUUUUUUCUACCAGAGUGAAAUUCACCUGUAAUACCCUCACCGAUGUUAUUGGCUUCACGAAAUCCGCCAAAUUAACAGCCACAGGGGUUAAGGAAGUGACUGAAAGUAAACCAGCCGUGUUGAUUGUUGUUGUUGACGGUGCCAAGACCUCCGGCACGUUGAAAUGCAGUUGGACCUCGUCGUCUUAAUCACUCGACUUGUUGCUCAUCCAGCAAGUAGAGUAGCUAUAUACAACAGACCCUGCUUGUAUACUUAAUAUAUAUCUUUUCACAGUGUAUAGCUUCGCUCUCCUAUAAUCAGAAUCAAGAGCACAAACACUGAUUUAAUGUUGCCAUUUUUUUCGAUGGGCUUAUUUUAUUUUACGCUGUCGUCAAAAUGUCGAUGUAAUAUUUAAAAAGUAUGAGAAUACAUUUAUUUGAAAAAAUUCAACCACAUG